UUUCUUUUUUUUUGAAUGGGCUGUUGGCUAUUUUUAUUUAUUUUUGCUGAUGGGUUUUCUCUAUUUAAGCGUUUGAGGGAUGGAUAUUGAGUAACAUUCAGAGAGAUUGGGUCUUUAGUUUGAUGAAGCUGAGUUUGGAUUUUGUGGUUGAUGGGUUUCAUGUCUCUUUGCGAAGGAAUUUAAUUUUUGCAUAAUUUUUUUUUUAAUUUUCUCUAUCUAUUUUUUAGUCAAAUGUAUUGUUUUUAGGCUAGAAAUUUGGUCACAUUUGAUGGGUUUGUCUAUUUUGCCUCUUUUUCUCGUUCUUUUUUUUUUUUUUUUUUGUCUCUCAAAUUGUUUGUUUUUAAAGAUUGUUUAGAUUUUAACUUUACGUGGGAUGGAGGGUUUUUUAGGCUUAUAUUCAUUUUCUAUUUCUGUAUAUAUGAUUUUUCAGGUUGAAGCUUGAUUUUGGGACCAAGAUUUCUCAAUGGGAGAAGCUCAGGAGUUCUUUCUAGAUGAGCUACAAGAAGUUCUUCCAGUUGGGUUUGAUUCAGAAUCCAGAGGCUACCAGACAGCUACCGUCGUUGGCGAGAAAAUUUACGCAAUCGGAGGGUCAGAUGAUGGAGUGACCUUGUCGAUUAGUGUCCGUAUUUUCAAUAAGUCGACAGGCAAAUGGGUGAUUCCGACUAUGUUAGGAAUGAAACCUGCCCCAUGUAAAGGGCACUCUGCUGUGCUUCUAAAUAAAGAUAGGAUUUUGAUUCUUAAGAGGGACGCCCCACCGGAUGAUUGCACUUGGUUUCUUGAGGUUGACACCCCGUUUGUUAAAGAGCAGAAGGAGAUACUGGACACUGAGGUGGUUGCUUGGAGUAAAGGGGUGAAAGGUGAAGGGCCUAAGCCAGUUGUGAUCAGCGGUCCCUCUGGUGUGGGUAAAGGUACAUUAAUAACCAAGCUCGUGAAUGACUUCCCGUCCACCUUUGGGUUUUCCGUGAGCCACACCACCCGUGCUCCAAGAGACAAAGAGAAGGACGGAAUCCAUUACCAUUUCACUGAACGAAGCGUGAUGGAGAAAGAUACACAAGAUGGGAAGUUCCUCGAAUUUGCACAUGUUCAUGGAAACCUCUAUGGAACGAGUAUUGAGGCAGUUGAGAAAGUGACAGAUUCGGGAAAGAGAUGCAUUCUUGAUAUUGAUGUCCAAGGAGCUAGAUCUGUGAAGGCAAGCUCUCUUGAAGUGAUAUCCUUCUUUAUCUGUCCACCUUCAUUUGAGGAGCUUGAGAAGCGCCUCCGUGCACGGGGGACCGAAACAGAGGAACAGGUCCAAAAUCGUCUUAGAAAUGCAAGAGCCGAGCUCGAGCAAGGAAAUUCGUCGGGCCUGUUUGACCAUAUAUUGGUAAACGGCGACCUCGAAACAUGCUAUGGAAGUCUUAAGAAAAUCCUCGGUCUGGAUGGGAGCACCAACACCGGCUAUCAACCAUCUACGAAGAACAUUGAAAUCCCAGCAGCAGCCCAAUCAGUCUUUGAAAUGGAUCAGAAGGUUCUAAUACAGUGUGGAAGUACUGAACUCGGAAAAGCCUCAAAUAGCUUGUUUGUGCUUGAUGUAUCUUCGCUUCGUGGAGGCGCUCCUGGCCGGACAAGAGGGUUAAACAUGUAUGCCAUUUGGAAAUGGCCCAAAAAUAAUCGAACAACUUCAAAAUCCCACAUUGAAACUUUGGAAUGAUCAAACAGAGAGCUUUUGCUUGUGCUAACCCAUGCGCAAGUUUUGGAUUAACUUGGAAGGACUAGAUAAAUAUAUUCAAUUGCAAGCUGUUACAGGU